ACUAGCACAGCCUACCACGAGAUUUACCCUUGUGUGCGAGAGCUCUUGCAAUCCGUGCAUAGAUCGAGGGUGAGCAAGUAUUGGCGCAACGUUACCCUAAUGAAACAACGAGAACGAGUCGGCGAUUGGUCGAGCGAGCAAGGCCCGAAGGAAAAGCAACCCUCUCUCUCCUUCUUCGACCCUCUCGGUUUUCGUAGCGUCUUCAGAAUCGCUAGACUAACCGUGCCGUUAACACUUGCUUGGUACCCCGUUCAUAUUUUUAUUCGAACAAUCAAAUAAUUAGCAGUGUCGGUUGUGCGAGAACCUGUCAUUCGUAUCAGGACGAUAUUACAAUUAUUCAGAGAUAUAUUUCAAGGAAUUAUUAUUUUCUCAUCAAUGAAGCAAAACUGCCUCUCCUCGCAUUAGCAGGAGGUCCCUCGAAAUCGUUAUGUGAUAAACGUGAGGAUCGUUCAACUUUCUCCUUGCCAAGUAGUGUUCCAUGUCGCAUUAAACAAUGAAGCAUCUAUUUAGUGGCGUUUAUUUAUUCCUCGCUGUUGUAUCGUCAACGAUGUGCAAUUUCGAACAAGAGUGAGUCACUUGAACGAAUCAUGCUCGCGUUCCGCGCGAAGGGAUCGCACGGCAUAGCAUGAGCAGUAACAGCAAGAAGCCACCGGGAGGCAAGGACGACAAGAAGAAUCCCUCCAACAAAGAGGACAGCCCGACGGGCGGAAAGGACGAUGGUGGUUCGGCCUCGACCGGAAGCAAUGGCGCCGCCGCCGCCGGAGGAGAGCCUUCGCAGCCCGGAAGUAAGCCCAGCUCCGCCGGAGCGACCGCCAGGGAAGGGGCCCAAAGGCUCCUGGGCCUGGCGGCGCGCGGCGAAUGGGCCCCCGUGGACCAGCUGCUCAAAUCUCUGGAGAAGACGGUGCAAAGUGCGGGAGAGGAUGGCUUCAUCGUCCCGCUCGCCGGCGUCCUGGACCCGAUGACGGGGAUGACGCCGUUGAUGUAUGCAGUGAAGGACAACCGCAGCGCGUUGCUCGAUCGAAUGAUUGAGCUCGGAUCCGACGUGAGCGCCAGAAACAAUGAUAAUUACAAUGCUCUCCAUAUCGCUGCUAUGUAUUCGAGAGAGGAUGUUGUUAAGUUGUUGCUGUCCAAGAGAGGGGUUGAUCCCUACGCCACGGGAGGGCCAAGACAACAAACAGCGGUUCAUUUGGUGGCAUCAAGGCAAACGGGUACUGCGACGUCGAUUCUACGAGCUUUAUUAGGGGCUGCCGGACGGGACAUCAGGCUAAAGGUCGACGGGAAAGGAAAGAUACCUCUUUUGCUAGCAGUCGAAGCUGGCAAUCAGUCCAUGUGUCGGGAACUUCUGUCACAGCAAGCGCCUGAUCAGCUGAGGGCCACCAAUCCGGCAGGUGAUUCUGCGUUGCAUUUGGCUGCUAGAAGAAGAGACAUCGACAUGGUGCGGAUCCUGGUAGAUUACGGCGCGCCUGUCGACAUGCAAAAUGGUGAUGGACAAACCGCGUUACAUAUAGCGAGCGCCGAAGGUGACGAAACUUUGGUGAAAUAUUUUUACGGUGUCAGAGCCUCCGCGUCGAUCACCGAUCAUCAGGAUCGAACGCCGAUGCACCUGGCCGCUGAGAACGGUCACGCUUCUAUCAUCGAGCUGCUGGCUGAUAAAUUCAAAGCGAGUAUCUUCGAAAGAACGAAAGACGGUUCGACUCUGAUGCAUAUAGCAUCGCUGAACGGACACUCGGAAUGUGCCACUAUGCUCUUCAAGAAGGGCGUCUACCUGCAUAUGCCAAACAAACGUGGCGCUAGAUCCAUUCAUACGGCUGCGAGAUACGGUCAUGUGGGUAUUAUUAGCACUUUGCUGCAACGUGGAGAGAAGGUGGACGCGGUAACUAACGAUAAUUAUACGGCGCUCCAUAUAGCCGUGGAAAGUGCCAAACCGGCUGUCGUGGAAACACUUUUAGGAUACGGUGCUGAAGUACACGUAAGGGGUGGAAAACUUCGAGAAACUCCGCUUCACAUAGCCGCCAGGGUGCUAGACGGUGACAGAUGUGCUCUGAUGCUACUGAAAUCCGGAGCAGGACCUAAUUUGACAACUGACGACGGUCAAACACCUGUCCACGUAGCAGCCAGUUAUGGAAAUUUAGCGACGCUUCUUCUGCUUCUCGACGAUGGCGGGGAUCCGAUGUUUAAGUCGAAAAACGGAGAGACGCCCUUGCAUUUAGCCUGCAGGGGUUGCCGAGCGGAUGUGGUUCGGCACUUGAUAGAAUUUGUAAGAGACACGAAGGGUCCGGACGUGGCGACCGCUUACGUUAACAGUCUAACUAACGACGGUGCCAGCGCUCUUCAUUACGCCGCUCAAGUCGAACCUUCGGAGGUCAUAAUCCCCGGUGAUGAUCGCGCCGUCGUACGCGCCCUUCUCGACAGUAAUGCGGACGUCUCGCUGCAGACCAAACAAGCUCAGGAAACGGCAUUCCAUCAUUGCGCUCUCGCGGGUAACAACGAGGUUCUGGAGGAGAUGAUCAGCCGGAUGUCGGCCACGGAAGUGCAAAAGGCCUUGAACCGGCAGAACGCCGUGGGUUGGACGCCGUUGCUGAUCGCCUCCAAUCGAGGCCAUAUGGAACUGGUGACGACUCUUCUCGCCAAUCACGGCAGAGUCGACGUGUUCGAUCUCGAGGGUAGAUCCGCUUUGCAUUUAGCCGCCGAGCACGGCUACUUGCAAGUGUGCGACGCGUUAUUGGCAAACAAAGCUUUCAUAAAUUCCAAGUCUCGCGUAGGAAGAACCGCCCUGCAUCUGGCUGCCAUGAACGGUUACACGCAUCUCGUUCGUUUUCUCAUCCAAGAUCACGGCGCAGCGAUAGACGUGCUCACCCUCAGGAAACAGACUCCUCUGCAUCUGGCGGCGGGAGCCGGUCAGCUGGAGGUCUGCAAACUUUUAUUGGAACUCGGUGCCAACAUAGACGCCACGGACGAUCAGGGACAGAAGCCGAUCCACGCCGCCGCUAUGAACAACUUUGCCGAAGUGGUGCAGCUUUUUUUACAGAGACAUCCUAGUCUCGUGAUGGCCUGCACCAAAGACGGGAACACUUGCGCCCACAUCGCCGCGAUGCAAGGCAGCGUUCGAGUGAUCGAGGAAUUGAUGAAGUUCGAUAGACAGGGCGUGAUUACUGCCAGAAAUAAAUUGACGGACGCGACACCGUUGCAGCUGGCAGCGGAAGGUGGACAUGCCGAGGUGGUGAAGGUUUUAGUUAGAGCCGGAGCGUCCUGCUCCGACGAGAAUCGCGCGGGUUUCACCGCGGUUCAUCUGGCGGCUGAAUACGGUCACGGCCAGGUACUCGAGGUGAUGAGGUCAUCUCAAUCUCUUAGGAUAGUUAGCAAGAAGCUCGGCGUCACGGCGCUUCACGUUGCUGCUUACUUUGGGCAAGCUGAUACGGUUAGAGAAUUACUGACUCAUAUACCUGGAACUGUAAAAUCUGAUCCACCAACCGGAGGCUCUCUGGUAGGAGAAUUGGGAGCAGAAUCUGGCAUGACUCCUCUUCAUCUCGCUGCUUAUUCUGGAAACGAGAACGUCGUGCGACUUCUUCUUAAUUCUGCCGGAGUUCAGGUAGACGCAGCGACGACGGAAAACGGAUGGAACCCCUUGCAUCUGGCCUGUUUCGGCGGUCACAUAACUGUCGUGGGCCUAUUGUUAAGCAGAUCGGCGGAAUUGCUGCACAGCGCGGAUCGUUACGGCAAAACGGGAUUACACAUUGCGGCGACCCACGGUCAUUAUCAAAUGGUGGAGGUUCUCUUGGGCCAGGGAGCGGAAAUAAACGCGACCGACAAGAACGGCUGGACGGCGCUACAUUGCGCAGCACGCGCCGGUCAUCUGGACGUCGUCAAGUUGCUAGUGGAAAGCGGUGCAUCCCCGAAGACCGAAACGAAUCUUGGCUGCGCGCCGAUUUGGUUCGCAGCAUCCGAGGGUCACAACGAUGUGCUCAAGUAUCUCAUGGAGAAAGAACACGAUACGUACGCCCUGAUGGAUGAUAAAAGGUUUGUCUACAACAUGAUGGUCUGCAGUAAGAGCCACAACAAUAAGCCGAUAGAAGAAUUUGUUUUGGUAUCGCCGGCACCAGUGGACACCGCGGCCAAAUUGUCCAAUAUUUAUAUGAAGCUCUCCGAGAAGGAGAAGGAACGCGCCAAGGAUCUGAUCGCAGCUGGGAAACAGUGCGAGGCGAUGGCGACCGAGUUGCUUGCUUUGGCAGCGGGUGCCGAUUCAGCCGGGAGGAUCUUGACAUCGAUGGAUCGCCGAAACGUCGAGUUCCUGGAUGUGCUGAUCGAGAACGAACAGAAGGAGGUAAUCGCGCACACGGUGGUGCAACGUUACCUGCAGGAACUUUGGCAGGGUAGCUUGAAUUGGAACGCCUUCCGGACGAUGCUGCUAUUCAUCGCCUUCAUCAUCUGCCCGCCCGUCUGGGUAGUGUUCGCUCUUCCGCUCGGACACAAGUACAAUAACGUGCCCAUCAUCAAGUUCAUGUCUUAUCUCACGUCCCACAUCUAUCUGAUGAUUCUUCUACUGCUGGUCGGCAUCACGCCGAUUUAUCCAGUUGUGGUGAGGGUGAACCUGAUACCAUACUGGUACGAGUGGUGUCUGCUGGUGAUGCUAUCAGGCCUGUUGCUGUUCGAAUUAACGAAUCCUAGCGACAAGAGCGGUUUGGGCUGGAUCAAACUGGCAGUAUUGCUCUUCGGUAUAUUCGGCGUGGCCUUUCACCUGAUGGGAUUCGUAUUCAUCGAGAAACUGUACUGGCCAACCCUGCUCUACCUGAGAAACCAGCUUUUUGCCCUCAGUUUCCUUUUAGCUUGCGUGCAGAUAUUGGACUUUCUGUCGUUCCAUCACUUGUUCGGACCCUGGGCGAUCAUUAUUGGUAAUCUUAUGAAGGAUCUCGCGAGGUUUCUCGCGGUGUUGGCCAUCUUCGUCUUCGGCUUCUCCAUGCACUUCGUCGCGCUCAAUCAGGCAUUCAAGAACUAUCAGUCGCCGCAGGAGGCGCGCGCGGAAGAAAGAAAACCGAAGAAGGCGUUCCACGAUGUGCAAGUUAGUGCGAUCGAUAUCACGGAGAAUCUUUUCUUCGCUAUUUUUGGCAAAAAAGACACUGAUGACUUUGCAAUUACGUAUAAAAAAAAUCAGCAACCAAAGUGGACGGUUUAUUUUUUCAAGGUCUCAUUCUCUUUAUACAUGCUCGUCAGCGUCAUAGUAUUGAUUAAUUUAUUAAUUGCCAUGAUGAGCGAUACGUAUCACAAAGUAAUAUCACAGAGUGAUAUUGAAUGGAAGUAUGGUCUUAGCAAACUAGUACGUAAGAUGCAAAAAACGAGAACUGCGCCAGCCCCGUUAAAUCUCAUUACCACGUGGGUCGAAUACUUGAAAAGUGUUUAUAUGAGGAGACGAAUUGCAAAGAAAAAGAUUGGUAGAUCUCGUGGAUAUAUGGAACCAGACAUGCAUCAAAGUGACUUUUCGAAAUAUCCACUUUCCACUAAUAAUAGAAUACUUCCAUUACCACGAACAAAGGACAGCGUUAAUUUUGCAUUACUUCAAUCGAGUCCAGCUAACAGUCAAAGUUCCUUGAGUAAUAUUUCGAGAAUAGACACCGUCGUCGACUGGGAUACAGUUCGUCGAAAGUAUCGCAUGCAGUUUUGCGGUGAAAUGGAGAAACCGUCCGAUGGAGUUGCAAAGCUUGCUGGAAUGGCUUAAACAAUAAAAUCUAAUAUGCAAUAUAUAUGUGCAACUUUCAAUAGAUAUCGUUUUUUUAUUAUGUUUUUUUUUAUUACGAUUCUAUUUUAUAUCGCAAUGCGUAUUUGUGCAUUAGAUAUACAUAUUAUAUCAUAUAAGUAGAAUACUUUCUAUACUCUUUUAUACGUUCUUCUGCGAUAUUGCUAUAUAAUUAUAAUAAAAUACAUAUACAUAUAUAUGUGUAAUAAGUAAACAUGCAAUGUUACAAGUUAUCUCUAAACAUUUCCGACACCUUCAUUUUAUAUCUCGCCUUUUCCAAACGGCGGUUCUGCGUUCGUUUCCAGAUAAUAAGUACCUCGAGCAUCGGUACUGAUAAAUUCACCCAUCAAAGCGGUAUUAUUGCUGCAUUUACCAAACUGAAAAUCUAUCCAGUUUGAGCAUUGUACAGAGAUAAAGCCUUCAGGAUGUACGAUGGACUCUGCGAAAAAUUGAUGCGAUCUAGCAUGACUACAGUAUUCUGAAAAUGCAAAUUGGAUCAGUUCUAUGGCACAUUGUAAGCUUCAAAUAUAAGCUGCGAAUCUGUUAUACGAUAUCGUACGGGCUGAAAGUAUUGGACAUCCGGGUUGCCUGAAUGUUCCGCCAUUUGGAUAAAAAUCUGCGUCGCCAAUAGGUCUAAGGAUUCCCAGACUACCAGCACAAGUGUGUAUAACAUCGACGAAAUUGGCAUCUGCAGAAUCCAGUCGCUCUUCUGUAUCUUUUAGAUAAGGUGUCUCGAAUGCUGGUCCAGCCGGAUCAAGCCCGGUGAUUCGACCGAGUUUUCCCGAUAAAUAAUUACCAAUAUAUCCAGCUACGUGGGCGCCUAAACUAUGACCCAGUAUAUGGACAUCAUCGUAAGAGACUUGAGCCUCUGAUCGAAGAAAUUGUAUAAAUGCAGCCACGUAUUC